UGGUUUGACACAUCGCCCGUGAACUGUCAGGCGGAAAAUAUUUUUCUUUCUAAUCAGCGCUCGUGGGAAAAAAUCACUUGUGUCGAGUAUUUUCAACUAAAUUUAGUGCGAUUAGCGAAAAUUAAGCGAUGGCGGAGCUGCUCAUCGAUCCCAACAUCCGCGGUUGGGUGUUUCUGCCGAUUGUGGUCAUCACCUUCCUGGUCGGAAUCAUCCGCCACUACUUUUCGAUAUUGAUUUCCUCCCAGAAGAAGGUCGAGCUCACCCAGAUCCAGGACAGCCAAGCGAUGAUCCGGGCGCGUCUGCUGCGGGAAAACGGCAAAUAUCUGACCCCAUCGUCUUUCGCCAUGCGCCGACACUACUUCAACAACGAGGAAACCGGAUACUUCAAGACCCAGAAGCGCGCCCCGCCAAGUCCCAACUCGACGGCGAUGCUGUCCGACCUGGUCAAGGGUAACUUCAUCAACGUACUGCCGAUGAUCGUGAUCGGUGGCUGGAUCAACUGGAUGUUCUCCGGCUUCGUCACGACGAAGGUCCCCUUCCCGUUGACGCUCCGUUUCAAGCCGAUGUUGCAGCGCGGAAUCGAACUGGCCUCCCUGGACGCGGCCUGGGUCUCGUCGGCCUCGUGGUACUUCUUGAACGUGUUUGGUCUGCGCAGCAUCUACACGCUGGUCCUGGGAGAGAACAAUGCGGCCGACCAGACGCAAUCGAUGCAGGACCAGAUGUCCGGAGCGGCAGUCGCGAUGCCACAGGAUCCGAAGGCGGCCUUCAAGGCCGAGUGGGAGGCGCUGGAGAUUACCGAGUAUCAGAACGCGUUGGCCAACGUUGAGGGUGAUUUGCUGGCGGCGGCCUCGAGCGGAUCCGCGGAGGCGAACGCCGUGUUCCAGGACGGGGCACUGAAGAAUUAACCCUUCCUCGACGGUGGAGGCGGUAAGUCGAUUAGUGAAUAAUUUUGUUGUUUCUAACUAGCGGAAAAGUAAAGCAUGCUUUCGCCGGAACAUCAUGUUUCUGCGAGCCUUAGUUGACGAAAUACAUUAAUUUAGUUAGUCUAAGCUUGACUAAAGGUGUGUGUACAGAAAAGCGAUGAAAUAAAUAUCUCACAAUUUA